ACAAGGCCGCCACCUUCGAGUUCCCUCCCCGGCAACGUCGACAAAAUCAUCCGAGUUCAAAAUCACGGUGGGACCCUCUGAGCGUCGACUUCCGGUGCUCCUGGAUCCCUCAGAGAUCCUCGAAAAAAAAUUCCCAAAGCUCCCCCACGAAAAGGCACAACAUGUGCGACCAUUGUUCGAAAGUCACAUCCCAAAAAGGCUACUCUGGGCAAGUGACGUGCAAAUGCGAACACGGAGACAAGAAGGACGACGAUAAGGACAAAGACAAGGACUCCGGGGGAUGCUGCAGUAAGAAAGAGAAAAAAAAUGGCGGGUGUUGCGGCUCUAAGUGCUGCGCAGGUACGAAGGAGGAACGAGGAGGUUGCUGCACAGGAGGUGCCCCAAAGGAGACCCGGAAGAGCUGCUGCGGUCCUGCCAAAUAGAUAUUUCGGGAUCGAGCGAGGGAGGUCUCCGGAGGUUGCUGUCAGUCGGGAUGCUGCAAGGACCCCAAGGAAAAGAAGGAGGCUCCUGCAGGGGGCUGUGGCAAGGAGCAGAAGAAGGACGCUGGGGGGUGUUGCGGGAAAAAAUGACUUUUUAGU